GUCGGUGGCUUCUUCAGCUAAUUGUCAUGGGGCAGUCAACAAUGAAGACAAAAUUUACUCUAUUGAUAUUAUUUUUCAUCUCUGGAGCUGUCAAAUCGGCGUCCCUCCAGUGUAAGGAUGAGGACGGCCUUGAUGUUGAUUGGUACGUGUUGUACAAAUUACCGAAAAUAGCGGAGAGUUCAGAGGCUCUGGUGAAGCAAGGACUAGGAUAUUUGUACAUAACAAGUAAAAGUGUGGGUGGUGGGUGGAAAUUAUCGGCGGAAAGUAUUGGAUCGCCAAAAUCUAUUCCCGGAAGAACCCUGGCACCUCUUUAUGAUAACAAUGUAGCUAAACAAAAGGCGUGGAUUCUGUACAACGAUCAUCCACCAGACAGGACCGCAGGAGGUGCUAAAUACGGUCAUACAAAAGGUGUCGUAAUGGGAGACAACACCGAUGGUUUUUGGCUGGUGCACAGUGUCCCCAGAUAUCCCCCAGUACCAACGACCGGUUCAGCAGGUAAAUGUCCAUAUUCAAUUGGUGAUCUCUGCAAGAAGUUCUUCAGUAUGCUUGCCCCAACGAAACCUGAAUAUUCCUACCCCUCCACCGGGCAGAAUAACGGCCAGAGUUUCCUCUGCAUAUCGGUAAACGCAGACCAGAGAACUCCCAUCGCCGAUCAGCUCAUCUUCAACGAGAUCAAUACCUUCAGGUACCACGUGCCUGAUUCCCUGAAGAGCUCGUACUCCAUGUUCCUGAAGGCUGCGGAGGAACCCCACAUGCCGCAACUAGAAGGUGGAGCACCAAAACUCAAGGAAAUUUUCUCUCGUGGUGGACAGAAGUUCCUGUCAUUCGCAACAGCCAAACACUGGCAGCAAGAUAUUUAUUGGAAUUGGGUUGCUCCAUAUUUAAAUUCAGACAUGUACGUGACUUCGUGGCAGAAGGGCUCAGGUACCAAAUUAGUGACAAAUUGCGAAGGAAAACAUAUUUACAAUGUGAAGAGUGUCAAGCUGGGAACCCCCGGUUUUAAGACAUUUGAAUUCAGAACUACGAAAGAUCAUUCCAAGUGGGCGAUAGGAGAGAAUCACCGCAAUAUGUUAUUCUACGUGUGUGUAGGAGACGUUAACAGAAUGCGCUCUCAAACUGAAAGAGGCGGUGGCACCGUCUGCUUACAAUCCAGAGAUCUCUGGAGACACUAUAAAAAUGCCAUCGCCGAGGUUGAAGCAUGUCCCAAGCCAUCGGGCUAAUUUUUACAACUUCUAUUAAUUAAUAAUUAAUUAAGUCUC